UUAACCAAUCACGCCUCCGUUUGCGCUUCCGAAAUCACUUCCUGCAUUUCUCGUUUCCGCUUAAGCUAGUUUAGCAUAGCUUGCAAAAUGUGGGCAAAACGUGUGAAAGACGAAGACGAGGAUUUCAGGAGGCGUCAAGAUGUGUUGCACAAAGCAGAUGUCAGUGAAGAAUAUCUUCGUCCUGAGCAGCAGGGGCCAGAGUACGCACACAUGAAAGAGGAAGAGGAGUUGGGACGCCCCAAAAUUAAAGAGGAGGAGGAGCCAGAGCACCCCCGCAUGAAAGAGGAAGAUGAGCUGGAGAUGACCGACGUUAAAAAUGAAGAGCAGCAAGUUGAUAUCACCAACUUUCCAUUGACUGUCAUUGUGAAGAGUGAAGAUGACGGCGAAGGAUACGGUGAUGGAGACCACCGUGGAGCAUCACAAGCGAGCAGCCUCUCAGCGCCGCUGUCGGAAAGUGAUGACGUCACAUCAAGCUCUCCUAACACCGAUGAUGAACACUCUAAAGGUGCUACAGCAUGUCACACUGACAACAAAGCUGUGAAAUGUUCUCAGUGUGACAAAAUGUUUGACAACGAGUCCUCCUUGAAAAGACACGCAAGCACACACACUGCAGAAAAACCCUUUGCUUGCUCAGUUUGUGGUAAACGAUUUUUCGCUAAGAGACAUUUAAUAGCACACACGCGAACACACACUGGAGAAAAACCCUUUUCCUGCUCUGUUUGUGGUAAAAAUUUCGCUCAGAACGGACAUUUAACAGUACACAAAAGAACACAUACAGGGGAGAAAACUUUUGUAUGCUCAGUUUGUGGUAAAAGGUUCACUCAGAAAGGACAUUUAAUUGCACACACAAAAACACACACCAGGGAGAAAACGUUUGCCUGCUCAGUGUGUGGUAAAACAUUCACUCGGAAAGUGCAUUUAAACAAUCACAUAAGGAGUCAUACAGGAGAAAAAGAUUUCAGCUGCUCGGAUUGCGGUAAAAGAGUCACUCAUAAGGAUCGUUUGAACUCACACAUGAUAACGCACAGUGGGGAGAAACCUUUUGCCUGUUCAGUUUGCGACAAAAGAUUCUCAAGAAAUUGGGAUUUAAGAACACACACAAGAAUACACACUGGUGAGAAACCGUUUGCCUGCUCAGACUGCACCUUAACUUUCAGUGAUCCUUCAGGAUUGGUUCAACACAGGACAACACACACUGGGGAGAAAAAGUUUGCGUGCUCCAUUUGUGGCAAAAGAUUCUCUCAUAGAGGCACGUUGAGAACACACACGCGAACACACACUGGUGAGAAACCAUUCAGUUGCAGUGUGUGUGAUAAACAAUUCCCCCAUAAGUAUCAAGUUAAGAAACAUAAGUGUACCAGUGAGAUAAGCAUCGGUAAAUGAAAGUUUUUUUUUUGUUGUUUUUUUUAAAUUGUCAAAAAAAAGUGUGACUCUUCUUG